AUGAAUUUGUUAAAAAUAAAGCUUGCCAUCCACCUAUUCAGUCAACAAAAACUAAUACCAGAUUGUAGAAACAAAGAUAGCAAAAGGCACCAACAACUUGGGCUAAACUGGAACACUUUCCUUCAGUAUCGUCUAAGGAACCACAAGCCACCUCUGAAUCUAUCUCGUUGCAGUGGCGGGCACGUCCUUGAGUUCCUUAAGUACCUUGACCAGUUCGGCAAGACCAAAGUCCACGCUGUUUCUUGUCCUUUCUUCGGACAACCUAACCCACCGGCCCAGUGCACUUGUCCUCUCAAGCAAGCUAGAGGAAGCCUCGACGCUCUCAUCGGCCGUCUAAGGGCUGCUUUCGAGGAAAUCGGCGGUGGUCUUCCCGAUUCAAACCCUUUCGCUGCCAAGGCCGUUAGGAUCUAUCUUAAGGAAGUCCGUCAAACUCAGGCUCAGGCUCGAGGGAUCCCUUACGACAAGAAGAAACGAAAACGUCCUCAUACCACAGCCACGGCUACUCCAACCGCCGGUACUCAUGAAGACGACGCCGGAGGAAGUAGUGAUGCUACCUUGGUCGUAUAGUCGAGAAUAAUCCAAUCAGAUACCCAAUGCUAAAAUCUUUUUAAA